AUGUAUAUAAGUUCUUGGACUUAUGGUGGCUUAGAAGUAGAUUUGCGACAUAAAGAUGCACAUACCGAGCGGACUGAAAGCGAAAGGGUACUCGGUUUUGAUGGUGAAUACGAUGAAACUGUUUGGAUCGUCGAUGAAGGAAUUGAUCUCAGCGAUUAUUACCCAAGCGUUGAAUGGGAUAUUCUUGGUGUACCAAGCAAACGUCACUUGAAAAGAUAUCCAUGCUGUGAAUCUCCCUUUAUCGAUUUGACAUAUGAAAUUCGUUUACGACGGAAAACACUAUUUUAUAUCGUAUACUUAAUUUUCCCAAUCGUGAGCAUCAAUUUUUUAACAGUGUUGGUCUUCUAUCUACCUUCAGAUGGAGGCGAAAAAAUAUCUCUAUGCCUCAACAUACUUAUUUCACUCACGAUUUUUUUUCUGUUACUUGUGGAAAUCAUUCCAUCGACUUCACUGGUUAUACCUCUGAUUGGUAAAUAUCUUCUCUUUACUAUGGUUUUGGUUACAUUGUCAGUAAUUGUAACAGUUAUUACAUUGAAUGUGCACUUUCGAUCACCCUCAACUCAUACAAUGCCUAAAUGGGCUAAGAAAAUUUUCAUCAACUUUUUACCGAAAUAUCUUUUAACAAGGCGUCCAAUACCGAUAAAAAUCAAAAGCCCGUCUUCUAAUUAUUUCGUUAUAUCUAAACGAUCUGAUGGAAGAUUGCCAGACAACAAUCGGCAACGAGAUCAUGCAUUUUCGGCUUUAUUUAAUCAAAUGGAUUUUUUAUCGCCAGUUUAUCGAUCCUCACUUUGUACAACUAAAAGUCAUGAUGGUAGUAGUUUUGCAAGCUCUCAAAAAGAGCUAUCACCUGUCAUGAGUGCAGUUGAUAGUGUUACUUUUAUUGCUAGCCAGAUGAAAGAUGACAAAGAUGGACAGCAGAUAGUGGAAGACUGGAAAUAUAUAUCGGUUGUGAUGGAUAGAUUGUUUUUGAUAUUAUUCACAACAGCUUGUAUUGCUGGAAGCUUUAUGAUUAUUUUGCGAGCCCCAACAAUAUAUGAUACUACCAUCGCAUUAGCUUAAUU